AUGCAGAAAAUGCGUGUCGACUGCUGUUUCUUGAUGUCCAAAACGCGCUGGGGCCGCCUUCAUGGGAAGGAUGCUGGUGUUAUGUACUUGGAUCUAACGUUCCACCAGCCGGCAAAAUGCAAGCUCUCACAAGCAACUAUUACAAUGGAUUUUCAUGAGACUACAAACAUCGAGAAUGCACGUCUUGGGCAUGCUGAGGAAAGUUCCAAUCUCGAAGUGACCGAAUUCUUCGGCCCCCAAACAUUGACCGGCGAGAAAAGGGAACGCCUGGUAUCGACUACUUUGGAGGCCAACCCUACAGUGGGGAUUGGUGCAGCCACAUUGCAAGGAAUGAGGUUCGCCAGAUCUUCUGUCGUUAGCUACGCGUCACGCUGGCACUUCGAAGGCUCGCGAUUUGCGCCGGAUUCUUCUCCUCUCGGUAACGAUUCCCGAAACAGUCGCUAUCGGCGAGUCGUCUGGCACUUACAAGAAAAUGAACUUGAGAAACAAGCUGUACAGCAAAACAUUGUGCAUUCUGCUGUUGCAUUUACGCACCAGUCGGAGCCAUUCUACCUGGAUGUGAAGAUCGAGGCUAGAUUACAACGCUGGCAUGACAGAGUGAAGCAAAUACUUGUCUGCCCACCGCGAAACCGGAAAACAUGUGCGAGGGCAACGAUUCACACUUCUAUGAGAAAGGCUAUUGAUGUCGACUUUGCCAAGUUGGUGAGCGGUCUUGACAAGUCGAUGACUGAAGCCAAUCUACACCCCAUGACUGGUGGGCCCUUCAUGUCCUACAACUAG